AUCCACUCAAGAAAAGGAACAAGAACGAGAUGAUCAAGAACUCGAAAUUGAACGGCUAUUCUCGAACCUCAACCAAGCAACUUUGCAAAGGGAACCUGGGAGCUUAUCCAGUGCAAUUUUCCUGGUUGCAGGCACCACGGCGUAGUAGAAGCGUGGAAAGGCGACAAUUUUUAAACGGUACUAAAUGCCACUAGCGUGGCUGGCUCUUCAAAGCAAAUCAGAGAGGGAGAAUCAAAUUCUACUAUAACUGGAGAUGGUUGAGAGUAACUUUUGGUAGCAAUAUUAAACAGUGUCCUCUAUACCUUGGUCUCGUUUUUGUAUUUCUCUGAGACGCAGGCUCUCCAAAAAAGGAGUGGUGCUUGUAUUAGCGUCCAUGCCAUGCCAUGCCAUGCUCACUGUGGCCCCCUGCUUCUGUGCGUGGAUGUCAGGAAAGAAAAAUAAGGGGAAAGACUAUACGAAAAAGAGAGGUGGAAGGAAAAAGGGCACCAAGCUCCCAUGUGGGAGCAGGUAUCCUUGCAGUUCCUGCAGUAACACAAGAAGCAGGCUUUUUGACCUCUGCAGUUGUAUGCAUCCUCUGUUGGGUAUUCAUGGUUGUGACAGGUUUGCUCAUUGCUGAAGUGAAUAUCAGCACCAUGUGUGAACUAGGUUCUGGUGGUGUUUCACUGGUAUCAAUGGCCAGGAGAACUUUAGGGACAGUAGGCGUUCAAAUUGCAUGUUGGUCAUACAUCUUCAUCCAUUAUGCCCUCCUUGUUGCAUAUGUAGCUCGUUCUUCAGAUAUCUUGAUGAAUUUUCUUGGAAUUCCCUCAUGGGAAAGUGCAACUUUGUUUUCAUUGGUUUUUGGAGGCAUAUGCUUUUUUGGAAGCCAGCGCUUUAUAGGUGCAGUUAAUGGGAUUCUUGUAUUUGGAAUCGUUAGUACGUUUGCAGCUCUCGUGGCAGUGGCAAGUGGAGAUCUGCACUGGGAUGCUCUUCUUAAGGCCAACUUCCAAGCAGCUCCCAUGAGUAUACCUAUCAUUGCGCUUUCUUUUGUUUACCAGAAUGUGGUGCCUGUUCUUUGCACGAAUCUUGAAGGGGACUUAUCAAAAGUAAGGAGUGCAAUUGUCUUAGGCACUGGUAUACCUCUUAUUCUCUUUCUUGUCUGGAAUGCUGUUAUCCUAGGAACUGUUGGCAAUAAUGAAAUGGGACUGGACCCAUUACAGCAAUUGAGAUCCACAAAUGGAAUAGUUGGACCUAUAGUUGAAGCAUUCUCGCUUCUUGCAAUUGCAACAUCUUACAUUGGAUUUGUUUUGGGCUUGUCAGACUUUCUUGCAGACUUGUUGCAGCUCCCAUCUGGUCAAAACAAGCCCCUGCCUUAUAUUUUAGCUUUAGUCCCACCGCUGAUACUCUCAUUGUUGGACCCAGAAAUAUUUUUUAAAGCCUUAGACUUUGCUGGAACCUAUGGAGUGUUGGUGCUCUUUGGAAUUGUUCCAGCUUCGAUGUCUUGGUCUGAUAGGUAUUCGAAUUCAAAUUCACCUCCACCUGUGAGACUACCUGAGCUUGUUCCUGGAGGGAAGAUAACUCUACUGCUGGUUCUUGGAGGUUCUGGAUAUGUAGUUCUUUCUGAAUUGCUUGAGAACUUUCAGAGCCUUCAAAAGAUUUAAUAUUAUUUUUCCAUUUCCCCCAUGGUUAAAGCGCUGAAUUAUUGCAGUCAUUGUUGUAAUUGUCAUCCUAUUUGUCUUAGUAUAUAGAAUAGAAUAGAAUGAAAAUAAUUGUAAAGGAAUAAAAAUUAUAGUCAUAUUUCUAAAUAAUAAUUAAAGAUAUAAUAAAUAUUUUAUUUUA